UUGUCAGAGGAAUAGGAAAUGACCUAUGGGAUUUGAAAUGUGUUUUGGCCUGUCAACAUUAACGCUUUGAUUCAACAAACAAGCAUUUAGGCCUAACACACGCUCCUGGCAGCCUUAUGUUCUCGCUUACAGCAUCCUAUUGGACUGUGUCUAUCCCUCACCUUUGCUAAGUAAAGAUCACUAACUAAGCUACAGCUAAUAGCAUCAGAUCUGCUUAUUUGUGGCGGGCUGACUUUCUGCCAGGCCUUCUCGAGGUGAUCGACUGCAGCGCUCUUACUGCAUGUAAUACAUCACCAAUUACAGUUAAUACUAGACUGUGCACUGGAGACUAACCUGUCGGAUUCUGCAGUAGGACGAAUGUAAAGACGGACAAGUGGACGCUGACACACGCAACAAGCUACACUUUUCCUGAUAAUUGGACUCACAUAUAAACUAAAGUAUUCUCUUUACAUUGCACAUAAUCAUAAUAGCUGACUUGCAUUUGUUAGAAGAUCACUGACAGGCCUUGGGGGAGGUGGAAAUGCUUAACCAGAUUUUAUGCUCUUCUGGGCCGACCUUGGAUUGGCUGAAGCCUCAGGAGUGAUGCCUUAGUUAAAAAUGCCACUGGCAAAGUAGAGACAAUAAGCCACCCUUGUCCCUCUAAUGGCCCUAUAGCUAACUGAGUCCUCUGAGGCAAAGGCAUAAGGGAGGAUGUCCUUUAGUUCUGUCGAAUCAGCUUUAUAUGUGCACGUCGUCCGGGUCAGGAGGAAUGCAUGUGCUUCUUUGGUGUUCGGCGGGGAAAGCACAGACAACAAGGAUUGCUACUGUUUGUGCUGUUCGCAGCUUUGGUACUCUGCCCGUGACGAGUUCGAGCCUCUAAAUGCAGACCUGGAAGUGAAAGUAGUCGGGUGUCACAACAAGCAGAAGGACAAGAAACAGCUGGUUCAAUCUUCUAGCGCUCUAUAAAGGUGUGAAUGGGCCUAAAGGAACUAUAACUAUAUUGGGUGGAUCCGAUUAGGCAGCGUCGCAGUAGGUCAAACUAAACUCCUCACUCCCACAUUCUAAUGAGGCCACGGCGAUGCUGACAUCCCCUCUGAAUCCAAAGACAUCAUCAUGCUGAAGACGGAGGCCUCGGGGGAGAGGACCAGCCUCCGGAGUGCCUCCCCUCACCGUAAUGCCUACCGGGCUGAGUUUCAGGCACUCAAGAAGGCCUUUGACCAACCUCGGAAGGAUGGGGACUGCAAGCCCAAAGACCAAGAACGGGUGAAACAGCCAAGGGGCCGCCAGUAUGGGGGCCAUGUCAGCCGCAUUAAGGACAUGUUCAUGCAGAUGGGCACAGAACCUGUGCCGGCUAAGGUCAAGGGUUGUGAUGAUUCCUCGCCGCAAAAGCUGGUCAAGCCCACCAACUUCAUCAACAAAGCCGAUGGGUCAGUGAUAAAACUCCAGCAUUCCGCAUCAGCUGACAGGGUUGGAGGCGCUGGAGCAAAGUUCUCUGAAACCAGGAAGCUGUUUGAGCAGCAGUCACGUGACCAGUCCCAAUCACCAGUCUUUCCAUACGGACGUGAUAAACGCGGUUCCCAUGAGCACCUGGAUGACUGGCGAGGCACAAGGUCUAAUCGAGGCAGCACAGACUCCUUGGACUCACUUUGCUCCAGAACGGAGGCGUCCUCGCCGACUGUCAGUCAACUGAGUGCUGUUUUUGAAAAUGUCGACAACCACAACCUAGGUGCGCCCUACAAAGGAGUCAGCAGACGUGCCCUCUACUCACCAGAUGGGUUCCAACGCCCUGGAGGCGAUGUCAGUGAAGAUGAUUCAAGACAAUCUCCAGUUUGUGGAAACCACCAGAGCAGGUCAGGGGGAAAGUGUCCCACAUCCUCGUCUUCUGAGGACCUUCUGAGCCCCAGUCCUAGGACAGAGACUUCAGAGCUGAAACCAGUACCACAAGAGAAAGAAGACAAAGCAGACAAGGUUGAGACUACGGGCGGAGAUAGGCGGCGUCUUUCUGGGGUCACCACCAAUGGUAGCCAGGUCAAUGGUUCAUGUGAGGAAGAGGAGAAACACUCAGAAACAGGAAAACAUAUUGAGGAUCUAGUUGUGUCCAAAGCUUCAAAACCUAAAGAUGAUGCUGUGAUUACCGACAAAGCUUUUGAAGAUGCAACCCCUGAGCCAUUGCCGACCCCGACUACACCAGCUGGGGAAAGCCAGGAGGAUGGGGACGGUUCAAGAGAAGACAAGUCCUCUGAAUCUCCCAAGGACCAGGCGGAAGAACACGAUGAGGAAUACACUGGGAAUGAGCGGGUGAUUUUUAACGCAGACGGGGACGCCUGUUACCAGGGUUGGGGGGAAAGCUGCACGGAUCCUGAGGACGACCUCUACGGAGACGACGAGGAUAUUGUCUACGACCCGGGUUCUGAUCUGACAGAGAUUCCUGGUCUGCCACAUGAGAACAAAGAGGACAUCCCUCCAAAGAGGAAGAUUCGUUUCAGCAAUGCCCCCAUUACAGUGUUCAACACCUACUCCAACGAGGACUAUGACCGCCGUAACGAAGAGGUGGAUCCUGUGGCCUCCUCCGCAGAGUACGAGCUGGAGAAGAGGGUGGAGAAACUGGAGCUCUUCCCUGUGGAGCUGGAGAAAGAUGAAGACGGCCUGGGGAUCAGUAUCAUCGGGAUGGGUGUUGGCGCUGACGCAGGCCUGGAGAAACUGGGCAUCUUCGUCAAGACCGUCAUCGAGGGCGGAGCCGCUGAGAGAGACACCAGGAUCAAGGUGAACGACCAGAUCGUGGAGGUGGAUGGGACCAGUCUGGUGGGCGUCACCCAGAGCUUCGCUGCCUCCGUCCUCAGGAACACAUCAGGAGUGGUCAGGUUUGUGAUUGGCCGAGAGCGUCCGGGCCAGCAGAGUGAGGUGGCCACGCUCAUCCAGCAGACCCUGGAGCAAGAGAGGAGACAGAGAGAGCUGCUGGAGCAGCAGUACGCCCAAUACGAUGCUGAUGAUGACGAGCAGACAGGGGAGUACGCCACAGACGACGAGGAGGGGGGAACAACGGUGGCAGGCGAGGACAAGAGCAUCGAGGUGUUUGACUUGCCAGAGUCAGAGGACAUCUUGUCUCCCUCAGAGUUAGACGCCAAUAAACUCUACCAGAAGUUCAGAGAGCUCCAGAUCAAACACACAGUGACCGAGGCCGAGAUCCAGAAGCUCAAAAACAAGUUGGCGUCUGUGGAGAGGGAGAAGCAGCGCUGGGAGAAGGAGAAGAGCCAGCUGAAGGCCAGCAUCGAGGAAAACAAGGAGAGGAUGUUGAAGCUGGAGAGCUACUGGAUCGAAGCGCAGACUCUCUGCCACACGGUCAACGAGCACCUGAAGGAAGCCCAGGCCCAGUACCAAACUCUGGAGAAGAAGUACAACAAGGCCAAGAAACUCAUCAAAGACUUCCAGCAGAAAGAGGUGGAGUUUAUCCAGAAGGAGGAUGCGGAGAGGAGGCGGCUGGAGGAUGCUGAGAAAGCUCACCUGGCUGAGAUCCAGGGACUGCAAGUCAGGAUUGCAACAUUAGAGUCGGAGCUAAUGCAGCUGAUGAAGCAGAACGGCAUCCAGGUCAACAACAACAACAGCAACAGUGCGGAGAGGCUCGGCGCUCAGCAGCUCAGCCCUAAAAGAGCUGCAGCACAAGCCAGAGACCUGAGGGAGGGCUCUCCCCAUUCACCCAGUAAAAAGAAGAGCUACAGAGGAGUCGCCCGAGACAGCAUCAGCUCCACAGAGGGAGAGGAGGGGCACGGCAGUCCAGCCCACAGUCGAUCUGGUUCAGUUCGUAGUGCGGCCUCUUGUGAUGGAGGAGCUGCCAUCCUCAGGGCCACUGGCAGUGCAGAAAGCUCCCCCAGACGAGGACCUACCACCGCAGGUUCUCAGUCUCCUGCGAUGUCGAGCCCCUCUCACUGUGUGGAGGAACACAGACAAGCUUCUCAUCCUGGCUCCACCGAGCCGUCAGCAGAGGACAGUCCAGAGAAACUCACGGCCAAGGUACAUGAGACCUCUCUUACAUGGCCCCACUUCUUCUCCUAUUCAUAUUACUUGGGACCCACUCUGAACGAUGAUCUGAGCGCCAGCAGCAGCAGCUCAGUGGAAAUCAGCGGCCUGCUGAGUGAAGCCAAGAUGUCGGGACGCUCACACACACUGGUGCUCUCCUCAGAUGAGAGUCUGGAUAUGAUAGAUGACGAGAUCCUAGAUGAGGGACAGCUCCCGAAGCAGCACCAGUGGCAGAACCGCAGCAUCACAGAGUGGACCUCCCAGCAAGUGGCCCGCUGGCUAAUGGGCCUCAACUUAGAACACCACAUCCCAGAAUUCACUGCCAAAAACAUAGAUGGAGAGCAGCUGCUGCAGCUGGAGAGUGUUGAGCUCAAGGCCCUCGGAGUUACUUCUUCCCAGGAGCGUGCCCUGAUCAAGAAAAAGAUCAAAGACCUUAAAGUGCUGAUGGAGAAGGCCAAGAGGAACCGCGAGAAAGUGGAGAAACAACGCGAGAAGCUACGGAAGAGAGAGCUGGAGCAGCAGCAGAAAGACGAGCGCAGAGAGAGCGCGGCAGAGUGAAGUGAAUUAUUAGAUCACCUCCCGCUUUACUGUAGCACCACACCAAGUAGCAUCUGGAGGAACAGAACGUCAGGAGGCCCCACAGAUGAACCUUGAGGGACGCCUGCUCAGUAGUUCAAUAGUUCUCAGUGGUGGAGCUACAUACCCAACAACUGUCGGAGACUGUUGAGUGACUUUUUUCACCAAGCAAUUUAAACCAAAAUGAGCAGCUGGAUGAUAGGAUCCUGCCCCGUUCAUUUGCCUCAUUUUACACCCAUUUUACUCUAUUUAUUUUACUGUUUAUUGCUGUAAAUUAGGUUUAUUUAUUCAUAUCCAGUCUGUGAAAAGUUCAUCUCAUCCUCAUCCCCAUAUCAUCCUCAGAGCCGUCUGCGUCGCCCAUCACAGCACCCGUAGACAUGACGAUCACGUACAUGUACAGUGAUAAAUACAGAUACAAAAAUGUGCCAUUUUGAUAGACUUAUGUAUAUCCUGUUCAGAUACAUAGAUAUCAGUGAAAUUGCUUUGAUGAAGCACAUACAGGUCAGGCCUGUGUGGUGGAACACAUGAGGCAGUACUCAUCUCCCACCACCGGGUGUCCCCAUGCUGCUUACUGUCACUACUGAAGGAUGCAAACACUGGAACUUUCCAAUAGGAACUGGAACGGGAAUCAAGUUUCAACUGGGAGAAACAAACUCUCUCAAUACUUGCAAGAACACUGGAAGUGCAAACACUGUAAAUGUAACCUCUGCACUGGCUUGUCCAAUGCUCCUUACAGUACACAUGUACCACACUAAAGUAUGAAUGACGACAAGGACAUACUGUACUCAUUGAACUGGUUCUAAUGGAGACUUCAGGUACAAUGUAAUCAAGAAAUUUGUAACUUAACGAAACCUGUACCACAAAAACAAACAAAAAAAAAGUUAAAAUGAGACUUCCUGCUUAUAUGCAUAAUGUUGCUUUGACACCGCUUGUAACCUGCUUUUGACCUCUUUUUAUAUUCUCUCUCAAUAACAAAGUAAUACCCCGCCGCUGCCUUUAGAAAUUCUAGAGUAGUAGAAUUUUUACCCGCUUCUGUGUGAGUGUCGAAAAACACAUACAGUAGGCUAAACAUUUUUUUUUCAUAAAAACUACACGUCAAAAGCUCACGUUGCAAAAAUGACUUUGGAAUAUUCAGAAUAAUAUCUAGGAAUGCUGCCAUAUAGACGAGUCGUCUCUGUGAUGAAAGACAGACGCAGUGAGUCCAGAAAUUGUCUUAAAGAUGAUCAUGCCUGAUAACCACUGAUGUGAAAUUGCACCUGAUUGAUGCAAUAUAGUUUUAAUUUUCCUAUGAAACUGGUUCAGUUUUGAUUUACUUGUUAGAUAAAAAAUAUACCUUUUGAAAUUAUUUUGUAUUUUAUGCAAUUCUUGUUUUAGGAUUAUGACGCUCACUGAGAUCCCUGUGUUACUUCUUUAGCAUUCCCGAGAAUCAUUCCGUAGGUUUACAGUAAAUAUUAUAGAGACGCCAGUGUCACCGUGAUCCAAACGAAAGGCAGCUUUGGUUAUGAUUCCCAUUAGUCUCAAGGGCCCUGCCUGCUGUAUUGAUAACAGGAUAACAACAAGAAGAAUAGUUAUAGAUACCUCCUGCAACUCCACAGUAAUACAGGUAUCACUGUUAAUGUUAUUAUUUAUUUAUUUCUGUAUUUAAUGAAGCAACUGUUUAUGAUAACUUAUACAAGAGUAUUAACACCUAACAAUGAUUUAUCCAGAAUUGUAUAAUUACUUCCUAUUGCCAAAACGUACCUGUUCAUUAAAAGUGAUUUAGUUUCAAAUGGUUGUUGAAAGAUUUGCAAAGCGAGAAACGCAGUAAUAAUCCCCCCCAUCGUGCUUGUGGUUUUCCCCUCUAAUACAACCAUAGUGCUGCUCCAGUGCAACUCCAAUAAACUGCUCAUGAUGUAUUCUUACGGAAGAUUUUGUAACACUUGAACCUUUCUGUGAAUACCCCCCCACCUUUAACCUCUGUCAAGUCAGUCCGCCGACUGCACUCUUUUGACUCUUUUUGUAUGUAUAGUAAAACACUGAGAGCAAUACGCUGUACGAAUCCUAAAGAAGCCUUGUUUUUCUAUCGUGUCAGUGUGUGUGCAGUUUGUCUGAGGGGGCUGAGGAGGCUUAAAGGUCACGCCUGACGGAUCUUUUCUAUGUGCUUGCCUGGCAUGAUGAAACCAACGUAUGGAUGUGACCCCGGUGCUCCUCCUGGCAGGCGUUUUGAGUCGUGUCCAGAUGGGUUUGUCUUUCAUGUGCGUAGAGAGCAAAAAGAUAAAUCACCACCAACUGCUAACCAUGCUUUCACUCUUUUAAAAAGCUGUGCUUAUCCUCCUCCUCCUCCUCUUCCUCCUUUUUUUGUCAUUACCUUGCUCUCUUUUUCGCAUUCUGAAAAGUUUGAAAGGGCAGCUACCUGUCACACUGAAUAAAAUGUGCAGUCACUGUC